GGCGGCCUUUCAGAUGCUGUUUUCUUUUCCAUCCAUCUUCAGGGUCAGUGAGUGGUGAGUGGGGCCUAGAGUCCUCGGGGCUGUCAACAUGGCAUCACCUCGGGAGACUGGAAGGACAGGAUACCUCAUCCCUCCUGGGAAAGGUAGGAGCCGAGUUGGAAGAAGGAACAAGACAGGCCUUAAUGUGUGUGCCCCUGCUUUGAAAGGACAAAGAACAAAUAGGAGACCUGUCCUGAUGCGUUCUGCCACCUAAGGCCCACACAUUGAAAACUCCAACCAGCACAGCUCCUUUCUGUGGCAAACAGCAUGACAGUAGGGAAAAAAAUUGUUUUUUUUUUUUGUUUUUUUUUUUUUCUUGCUCUGAACAAAGUUGAACUUGAACUGAGAGCGGAAGAGCAAGAGGACCAAGUGAGGCUUGGCAGUGCCUUUGGGGACCUCAGAACUGGCUCUGGUGAGCAAACAGGCUUAUCUCUCAGAAAACAGAGAACUUAAUUCUGUUUGGACUGCGUCUGACUUUUACUUAAAACAUCAGCCUGUAAACACGUGCAAAGCUUGGACUGAGGACUCAAAUCAUUUGAAGCGGUGGGCUGGGCCACUAACAUGAACCAAGAUACUCAACAUCUUUAUAUAUAGCACAUCCACACUGGUCACCAGGCUACCUGAGCGCCCCCCACCCGGGCUACCCAGUUCAUAGUUUGACAAAUGGAACCUGUCCUACCAAGAGAAAUUAAUUUGUUCGGGUUAUUUUGCUCAAUAGCCUCGGGAUACUGAGCCAUUUUUAUACUCUGGUGCUCAGGGGAGAGUCGUACAGGGAAACCUCAGUGGUUCAGAGGCAGAAAGAGUUAUGGCGGCUGCAGGUGUGUGGCGUGGUACCCGCAAGCCAAUAAUUGAAGAUGCUCAUUGAGCAUUUCCACUUUCCGGUUUCUAGAGCCGUGCAUGUGACAGUGAGUGAGUGGUUAAGGUGGUUUUAAGACCCUACCACAGGGCUCGAGGUGACUUAAAUGGGCCGAAGCUGGGACUUCUGGACCCAACGGGGACAUGUGGUCAGAAUGAAAGGUCAUUAAAACCUCCCCAAGCUCCGGAGUCAGAAUCUGGCCGAAUGACUAUGAAAAAGUCUCCCUGUGAAUCCUCGGCCACUCCCAUUCACAGAGCAUUCGCCAUAAGCACCGAUCCCGCUCUUGCCGCCAUUGCUAUUCUCCUGUGCAAGAUGACAGGAGGAAGAGGGGAGCACGUGACUGCCAGCCCACGGAAGACCUUUGGAAUGACAGACACAAGGUCAGCAGCAGGAGGAGGGAAGUGUUAAUGAAUCACAGAGAAUGCACUGUGUCUUCCCACAAGAGCCCAGGGAAGCUUGCUAAGGAGGGGCAGUGUGGGCACCAAGCCUGAUUGAUAACCUGGAGAUGGGCUUGGCUGAGUAGGGUUUUCAGACACCCCAGCAGCAGCGUUGAGAGACACCUUUCCUGUGGGUGGCCAGAAGCUUCUGGUCCUGAAGACACAGCUCCAUCCUCACCUGGACCUAUGACCCGCGGCCUCGCUCCCCUCCUGCCCAUUGAAUUCCACAAGAUGGGCUCCUUCCGCCGGCCUAGACCACGCUUUAUGAGCUCCCCUGUGCUCAGCGAGCUGCCCCGCUUCCAGGCUGCCCGGCAGGCUCUGCAGCUAAGUUCCAACUCUGCCUGGAACAGUGUGCAGACAGCUGUGAUCAACGUUUUCAAAGGGGGCGGCUUGCAGAGCAAUGAGCUGUAUGCACUGAACGAAAGCAUCAGGCGGCUGCUGAAGAGUGAACUUGGAUCAUUCAUUACUGACUAUUUCCAGAACCAGCUUCUUGCAAAAGGACUGUCCUUUGUGGAGGAGAAGAUCAAGCUGUGUGAAGGUGACAAUCGGAUUGAGGUUCUGGCUGAAGUCUGGGACCACUUCUUCACCGAGACUCUCCCUACCCUGCAGGCAAUAUUUUAUCCGGUUCAGGGACAGGAGCUGACCAUCCGCCAGAUCUCCCUGCUGGGCUUCCGGGACCUGGUCUUGCUGAAGGUGAAGCUGGGUGACGUGCUGCUGUUGGCACAGUCCAAGUUGCCUUCUUCUGUUAUACAAAUGCUGCUCAUUCUGCAGAGUGUUCACGAGCCCACAGGCCCAAGUGAGGGCUACUUGCAGCUGGAGGAGCUGGUGAAGCAAGUGGUGUCUCCCUUUCUCAGCAUCAGCGGGGACCGCAGCUGCUCAGGCCCCACGUACUCACUGGCCAGGAGGCAUUCCAGGGUCCGGCCCAAGGUGACUGUCCUGAACUAUGCCUCUCUGAUGACCACGGUUGGCCGGCCACUGAACGAGAUGGUCUUGACCCCUCUAACAGAACAGGAAGGGGAGGCAUACCUGGAGAAGUGUGGCAGUGUCCGGCGGCACACAGUGGCCAACGCCCACUCAGACAUCCAGCUGCUGGCGAUGGCCACCAUGAUGCACUCAGGGUUGGGGGAGGAGGCUGGCGGCGAGGACAAACACCUGCUCUUGCCACCCAGCUUCCCCCCACCACACCGCCAGUGCUCCAGUGAACCCAGCAUCCUCGACAGCCCCGAUGAACUGGAACUAGAAGACGUGGCAAGUGGCAGCCAGGAGGACUCAGAGCUGAACUGUGCUUCCCUCAGCUGAGCCGCCACCUCCAGGAACCCGUUCCUACUUUAGAGCUAGGAUGAGGGCACCUCUCCUCCUCCAUGGAUCACCAAGGGGGCUCUUGCAUUGAGCAAUAUUGCCUUAUUUACUUUAGGGCACAAGCCAAGUCUUCAUGCCUUUGGGAAACAUCUGUCGGCCUCCCCACUCUGGUGUCUAUGACUGGCUCCUCAUACCACUGUUUUCCUGACUUCCAGCCUUGCCUGACUCACCGGGAUCCUUAUGUUUGGGCCUUCCCCAUCCUAUUGGACUGGCUGAUGCUCCUAGUUUAUAAUGUUCUGGCGUUGUAGCAGAAGGUUGGAUGACACACAAGCAUCUGAAACGUGCCAGCCUCUGCGGUUCCCGUUAUCAUCUUAGGGGGCAGAAGCCAAUGGGUGGAAAGAACAGUAGAGGUUCUGUAUAGCAUGGAAGUCAACUGCAGCCCAUAUCACACCUGGUCCUGGGAAUGUGUCCUCAUCACUUUAAUUGCAGAGUUACUGGGAAAUCAUUGUGCUACUCUGUGGAUGAGGGUUCAUUCUUAUGUAUGUUCAGAUGUCAUGUGCUGUCUACAUCAUGAGCUUUGGCUUAGGAGAACCUACAAAGCUGGCAGAGUUUUGUCUUGCAUUGCGCCUCUCAGUGAACCUUCUCAGUAAAUGGUGCCUUACCGUCACUCCAGUUUCAGGAACCAGCCACAUUUCUGGUGUGUAUAUGAGAGGGUGGCUGAUAGCAACUGACUUAGACCUGUACCUGGAUUUCACUUGAAUUUAUAAAAUGUGUAUUGCUCAAAAAAAAAAAAAAGGUUUGCAAAUAUUUGCACAUAAGAUCUUGCACUGUUCAUUUCCAGUGAGUGUGUUUGCAGACUAAACACAAGUGGACCCCUUCAAAAGGCUACCGCUUAGCUCCGAACAAAAGGAUCAGUCGUGGGCAGGACUCACAUACCUCAGCUCUGGAGGAGCUAGCACUGUCUGGAAUGGCCUGUGUUGUAAGUGUCUUGGCCUCUAGGGAAGGUUUGUGCUGGCCUCAGGAGACUGUCUCAUGAGCAGGGAAGUGUUGUGGCCGGCUGGACUGUGCCUGCUUUAGAGUAGACAGAGAGGGACGUGGGCAUGUUUUAUUUGGAGGGAUGUUUAUUCCCUGAGAUUACAGAAGUACCCAGAAGUGUCUGGGAUCCCUGUCACAUCUGUGUCAUGUUGUUAUUUGAAGCAUCAGACUUUAUUACUAUGCUAGGUCCUCACUACUGCCCCCUGCAGGCUGGGGAAAGGGAACUUUUUGUCUACGCUAAGUCCCUGGCUUCCUCUUAAUCGGUUGGUCUUGCUAAUUGAAGCUCAGAAAAAUAUAGAUGGUCUCUCCCGACCCUGUUUGUGGUGUGUGCUGGCCUAUCAGGAUCUGGUUAGCCUUUGGAAUUUUUGUUGAUGAAAUCUCAAUACAUAAGGCGUCAACAGGGGGCUGGAGAGAUGGCUCAGGAGUUAAGAGCCCUGACUGCUCUUCCACAGGUCCUGAGUUCAAUUCCCAGCAACCACAUGGUGGUUCCCAACCAUCUGUAAUGGGAUCUGAUGCCCUCUUCUGGUGUGUCUGAAGACAACAGUAGUGUACUCACGUAUAUGAAAUAAAUAAAUCUUAAAAAAAAAAAUAAGGUGUUAACAUGAGAAGAGGCGCUUCAAGCUCUUCUAAGCCUUGAUGGUGUCUCCCUUUAGGCAAAGAUCUGAAAUAUGACUACAGUUGUGCUGUUGAUGGGUUCUGCUUUAGAAAUUGUAUUUUUUUUUAAAAAAAUGUUUUAAUUUUGUCCAUCCUAGAGAUAAUAACGAAAGAGAAAUGUCUGCAUGUGUGCACACACACACAUCUUAGAUACACAAAAAGAAAUGUUCAGAUUCCUUUGAGAAUUUCAAAUGAAAAAUAAUCUUUCUGUAUGUGGUGUCUAACAUCUACAAGGUGGGGGCUGGAGAAGUGGCUUGGUGCUCAAAGGCACUUGCUGCUCUUGCAGAAGGCCAAAAGAUGUGAUUUAGUUCCUAGCCCAUCAGGCAGCUCACAGCCACAUGACUAUAACUCUAGACCCAGAGAAUCUGAUGUUCUUCUCCUCUGAGGGCAUCUGAAUGCAUAUAGUGUGUGUGCAUGAACACAGCACUGGACAGUACACUCUGGUGUACACACUUGCGCACACAUAUACACACACAAUAAUUUUUUAAACUCCAUAAAGUUAUUAACAUGUCAGCAGGCAGAGCAUUGCAGUUUAUUUAACUGAUGGCCAGGUUCUUGUUAGAACACCAAGCACACACUUGAGAUUAUUUAUUGAUCGAGGCAAAGUAAUUAGUCAUGUUUGGGUUUGCUUUUUUUGUUGAUAAGAUUAACAAUGUGUGCUUUGUAAAUGCCUUUUUCCUUAUCUUCUAUGUCUCUGUCAAGGACAGAAGUUGUCAGUUUAAUACACGAGCUCUUGUGUUGAAAGUGUCCAGGCCGUAGAACUUCAUUGCUACUGACUUUACACAGUUUACAAGUUUCUCUUUGGACAUAUCUGGUAUUAUUACAGAAAUCUCCCAGAUUAUACACAUAAACAUUUUAUGGACAUUUUUUGGGCAUUUAAGCCAUCAGGCCUAUUGCAAGAGUGCCUCCUGUAGCAGUUUUAACCAAAUUUCAUUCCCCUGGUACCGUGGAGCUUUAUUUUGCUAUUGAACGCCAAGCUGAAUGUGAGUGACAGGGAACAAUCCCAGCUCUGGGCUCUGCAGAAACUCACAAACUAAACUCCUUUCUGGUUGUCUGUUUUCAAAAUAGAUACAAUAAACAUUGUUUAUGUCAUGGGUGCUGCUGUACAGAAUGCUUCAAGUGUGUUUUGGUUGAAUUUGCAAGCACAGUAAAGCUGGCCACGGUGCCUUCUGCCCUCAAAACUCCUCACACUGUCUGUGUGCUACCUGUUCCUUUGUCCCAUGGUCUCCUCUCCAGAGUCAGGCCCUUGGUUUCAUUGGCCAUCCUUGAACUGGUUAGGCCAGUUCUUUCUGUCAUGGAAAAGCAUCUGAUCUGUGACUGAGAUAAGAAAACACUAAAAUAGCCCUUCAAGGCCUCUUUUAAAACACAAUCUUAAAAUACCCUAAGCUGGGUAGUGGUGGCACAUACCUUUGGUCUAAGCACUUGGGAGGCAGAGGCAAGUAGAUCUCUGUGAGUUGGAAGCCAGCGUAGUCUAUACAGCAAGUUGCAGGACAGUCAAUGUUACACAGAAACCCUGUCUCCAAACCCUAAAACCAAACAGAGAGCUUGAGAGAGAGAGAGAGAGAGAGAGAGAGAGAAGAGAGAGAGAGAGAGAGAGAGAGAGAGAGAGAGAGAGAGAAAGAAAGAAAGAAAGAAAGAAAGAAAGAAAGAAAGAAAGAAAAAACUGCCCAGUCUUUCCUCCUAGAGUGUUUGACCCAGAAGGGAUGCUCACUGUAUUGUAUUUAUCAUGGGUUCCUCACAUAUUUCUUUCUGAUUCUGCUUGACAGAAGACAUUUAUAAUGUUUUACUCUUUGCAUAAAUACUUUUUAGCAGAGCGGUUAGUUUGAGGCCUUGAAAGGCUUAAUCAACGUGUCUGAGAGGGGCUGUCUCCGCUGAUUAAUUACGCUGUAGUUUUGCUGGUACAUGGCCAUUGGGUAUUCUACCUCAGUGGUGAGGUGAGAUGGCCAUAGGCAGAGGAAGGUGGACAGCCUGUGGAAGCUGCAUAGCCAAGGAAACAUUAUCCGUGGGAGUUCCUAGACGGAAACACAGCCCUGACACCUUGGUUCUAGCCAGUGAGAACUGGUCAGACUUCUAUCUUAGAGAACUACAGGAUUAACCCAAGUACAUUCGUUUUUACUCAUUGGCUUACCAUGGCUUGAUGGUAUACCACUGUACACAUCCAUUUGCCUGCUGAGUUACCCAUCAUACUUUGGGGGUGCUUUUACUGUAAAAUGUUUUACUUGGUGCUAGGAAUACAGUGAUGGAAAAAUAAACAAGGUACCUACUUC